AUGUCUGGACACGGCGGACGCGGCGGACGCGGUUCACGUGGCGGACGAGGUGAACGAGGCUGGCGAGGAGGUAGAGGUCCUGGUCGCGGUCGCGGUCGUGGCGGCAACUCGUUCAGCAACCACGAUGGCAACCCACAGCAUGAGUCAAAGCCUAUUAGAACCAAAGAGACGGACGAGCAGAGAGAGGCCAGAAAGUCAUACAGCUCCUGGAAGCGCCGUCUUGGUGAGGCUGAGACUGAUCCGACAACUAUGCGGCGCCUUUGGGAAGGUGCAUUGGGCAUACUCGAAAACGGAGAUAGAGACUGGCUUCAACAGCUACCCCAAGAUCUCGAUGAUUCAGACGAUGAGAACGGUCAUCGCCACAUUCUAGCCAUUCUACGCACGAAUGUUAGCCCAGACUGCGGUACCUUCCUUGAAAAUGCUCGCAAUUUCCUCCUCACGAUCACGCACUCGUCGCUCCUACACUGUCUUGCGGUUGACACACACGUCGGAUCGAUUUACAACCUCUUCGGCGGGGUCGCUGGACGUACUGCGGUUCAAUAUCUGCAGCGAGUUUCCAAUGCUCUCUCAGCAGCUCGAACAAUUAGGUGUUUUGCAAUUUCUACGGAGGAUCAUCAAGCAACACUUCUGGCAAUGACAAAGGCGCUACUCGAGUUGUUGAGGCGGGAGCGAAGAGCACGUUUCAACGACAAUAUCAUACCGCUAGUGGACUCAAUCCAGACUGCAAGCGAUGCUUGCAAGGGCUCUCCAGAUGUUUCGGCCCGGACUACCAACCGCCUCAACGACAUUCGAGCCCUGGUAGCACGUGCGCAAGGAAUGCUUGCUGAUAGUGUAGGUGAUGAUGACACUGGUGAUCACGACGAUGCUAGCGACCAGAAGUCUUUCUAUCCAAGAGACUUGGUAGUUCCUUCAGGCCGCUUCGACAACGACAAAAAGGACAUCGGUGACCUGAUACUCUUUCCGACUCGUGAUGAGAUCAUGACCGAUGAGAAAGAAUUCCUGCCAUAUACGGAUCCAGAUCAACCACAUUUCCUUGAAGACCCUGUACAACGCCACAUCGACACUUAUUUUCGGCUAAUGCGCCAUGACAUCUUCGGAGAACUGAAGAGUUCUUUGGCUGGUAUCAUGCAUGCAGUAUCUCAAGAUCCCAAUGCGCUGUCCUAUGCCAAUCUUGGAGACAUGCGCGCCAAUCAGUAUACCAACGCUCGUGUCUCCUAUGUCACACUCAAUAAGCGGAAGGGUCUGCAGGCUCAGAUGGAAUUCUUACAGCCUGCAAUCGUUCGAAAGAAGAAUGCCGAUCAGAAGGUGAAGUGGUGGGAGGAGUCCCGGCGAUUCGAUGACGGGUCGCUCCUGUCAUUCAUCUGGAUCCAAGAUAAUGUCGUUCAACACAUCUUCCUCACUGUCUCAGACAAGACCACGGAUCCCAAGAAGGAGUAUAGUCUUACACACCAUCACCAGAUGGCUUACGUCACGACGAAUUUGGUGACUCAAGACCGAGCAACAGUCAAGAUGCUCAUGCGCGCAAACAUUGGAGUGACCCGCGGCCUCUUGCUGGAGUUUCCGAAGGUCAUGCCGGCGACAUUUGCACCCACUUUAGAGAGCCUACAGGCUAUGCAUCGGCUGAAUCGUCUGCCCUUCCGGCAAUGGAUUGUUCCAGACAAACACAGUGGUACCCCAGGGGCACGUGGGAUUCAGAAGAUUCCUCCACCUCUCUACGCGCGCACUUCUGGCUUCCGAUUCCCAGCCACAACGCUCAUGAAGGACAAGAACGGCGAGCCAUUUUCGAUCGAACCGACCUCAUCGUGCAACGACGAGGCGCUCCUUGACAAGCUUGAGACCAAGACACAGCUGGAUCGCGGACAGUGUCGCGCAUUAGUUGCUGCGUUGACCCGCGAAUUUGCGUUCAUUCAAGGACCUCCAGGUACAGGGAAGAGCUAUUUGGGUCUCCAGAUCAUGAGAAUACUGCUGGAUAUCAAGAAGAAGAAGAAGGACCUUGGGCCCAUACUUAUCGUAUGCUAUACGAACCAUGCCUUGGAUCAGUUUCUGGAACAUCUACUAGACAUCGGCGUGAAAAAGCUCAUUCGUGUCGGAGGCAUGAGUAAGUCGAAGAAGCUUUCCAACCACAACCUUCGCACCAUUGGCGACCAGGAGACCAAAACCAAAUCCGAGAAGUACAUGGCGGCUAUGAGGUACAAGAACCUGGACGAGAAUGAGAAGGAGGCUGGAAAGACCUUUGCUGGUCUUCACGCCUUGUCAAAGCGUGCGCAGUGGCAAAAUCUCAAAGCCCAUAUCCACGAGGAAUACCCAAGAAUCUACAACCAGUUCCGUCGCGUCGAUGAUCAAGGCUUCCAGACGGCUGGCCGUCACCCAUUUGAUGUAUGGAUUGCAGGCAGUGAAACACACCAUCAUCCAGUACUAUCCCCGGAGGUCCUACGACAAGUCGUGCAGAGGGCUACUGAAAAUGUGUUCUCCCUGUCAGUUCACGAGAGGAGCGCACUGAUCGCUCAUUGGGUUUCUGAGGCUCAAAACAACAAGGUUAGCGAGCUUUUUGAGAUUGUCAACGAUGCUACCAAGACGCAACGCGAAUUGAGCAACAUCCACGAAGAGCUCAAUCGUCGACUGCUAGAGGAUUCAGAUGUCAUCGGUGUCACGACCUCUGGGUUGGCGAAGCGUAUUUCAUUACUCCAGCAGGUGAAGUGCAAGGUUAUCAUCUGCGAGGAGGCGGGAGAGGUCAUGGAGAGCUACAUGAUUUCUGCGCUACUUCCUGAUGUUGAGCACUUGAUCCAGAUUGGUGAUCACGAGCAACUCCGGCCUUCGGUCAGCAAUUUCCGCGACUUGUCGCUCGAAAGCGAUCGAGGAAAGCUCCAUGCGCUCGACAGGAGUCAGUUCGAACGCCUCUCAAUCGGUGAGCCUGGGCGGCCUCUUAUGCCCGUUGCUCAGCUGAACGUACAACGUCGUAUGCGCCCGCAGAUAUCCUCGCUAAUCCGCGAGACCAUAUACGACAAACUUAAGGACCAUGCAUCUACCAUUGAUCUGCCUGACGUUGUCGGAUUGCGCCAUAACGUCUUCUGGCUUGAUCAUACCAACCUCGAGAACGAGAAGGAUAGCGAUGUGCACAACACCAAGUCCAAAUCCAAUUUGUGGGAAGUCAAGAUGGUGCAUGCACUAGUCCGGCAUGUCGUUCGACAAGGUGUUUACAAGUCAGAUGAUAUCGCGGUACUAACACCAUAUACUGGCCAGCUUCAGAAACUGCGAGCUGCUAUGCGCAGCGAUUUUGAGAUUUGUCUCAGCGAUCGCGACAAAGAAGCGCUCGAGAGGGAUGGUUUUGCAGUGGACAGCGACAGCAGUCCGGACGUUGCGACACCCGAUCAUGAGAGUCAUCAAGGCAAGCCGUUGGAGAAGAAGCAGCUGUCGGAGCUAUUGAGAAUUGCUACGGUUGACAACUUCCAAGGUGAAGAGGCCAAGAUCAUCAUCGUCUCCCUUGUUCGGAGCAACGAGAGGCAGAACGUCGGAUUUCUCAAGACGACAAACCGUAUCAAUGUCUUGUUGAGUCGCGCUCAGCAUGGCAUGUAUCUCAUCGGUAACACAGACACAUACUCUAGCGUCGAGAUGUGGCAGAGGGUUAUUGGCAUGCUACGUGCGACCGACUCAGUGGGUAAGGCCCUGGCUCUGUCCUGCCCUCGGCAUCCCGAUACGGACGCUGAAGUACAGCAACCUGAAGACUUCCAUAGGCUAAGCCCUGAAGGGGGUUGCAGAGAAGCAUGCGCCGAUCGUCUCGAUUGUGGUCAUCAAUGUGGGGCCCGAUGCCAUUCGGAAGCGAUGCAUGCAGUCUUCCUGUGCGAGCAGCCAUGCCAGCGCCGACAUCAGCCUUGUGGUCACGCAUGCCAGAAAGCCACGUGCGGAGAGUCUUGUGGAAAGUGUAUGGUCCCACUCGAUAACGUACAACUUCCAUGCGGCCAUGUCAAGCAUGGUGUCGCCUGUCACCGUACCCGAAACAUGUCCAGCAUACCAUGCGACGUCAAGGUCUCGAAGCCCGUACCUGGCUGUGGGCACGAUGUGAUCGUAAAAUGCUCGAAGGAUGUUUCCGGGAAAGAUUUCAAGUGCCCUACUCCAUGCAGUGCGCCUCUGUCUUGCGGCCAUCCAUGCCCUGGAACUUGCGGUCAGUGCAACAUUAAAGAUAUGUACAACCAACCGGUUGUCAAGCACGCAGCUUGCACGAAGACAUGCGGGAGAAAGCAUGGAACUUGCAAUCACGAUUGCAAUCGCCUAUGCCACGAUGGUACAGAUUGCGGUCUGUGUCAAGCGCCAUGUGAAGUACGUUGCAAGCACACUAAAUGCCCGCAGAGGUGCCAUGAGCCUUGUGCGCCGUGCGUUGAGCCGUGUGUUUGGUCAUGUGAGCACCAAGGCGACUGCAAGAUGCCCUGUUCGGCUCCGUGCAGUCGCUUGCCCUGCGACGAACGUUGUACGAAGCUCCUUCUAUGCGGUCAUCAAUGUCCGAGCAUCUGCGGUGAAGUAUGCCCUGAGGACUACUGUCAAGAGUGUGGCAUGAAACCUGAAGAGCAGCCAGACAUGAUCAUGAUGUUGCCGUAUGCUGACGUUGACUUGAAUGACUCGCCUAUAGUCGUUCUCAGUUGCGGGCAUUUCUUCACGACUGAAACACUGGAUGGACUUGUUGGCCUCAAAGAUGUGUAUAGUCUCGACGCAUCCACAGGUCUCUUUACCGGGCUGAUUGAGAAUGCCGAGCUUUCCGCAUCGAUUCCACAAUGUCCAAAUUGUCGAGAGCCUAUCAAGCAAUACGUUACGCAGCGCUAUAAUCGACUCAUUAAUCGGGCUGUCAUCGACGAGAUGUCUAAACGCUUCAUCGUGAACGGUCAACAGGAACUGCAGCAACUACAAGGCCAGCUUGAAGAUGUCCGAAAAGAGCUUGAGGCAUCGCAAAAGGGUGUUGUCCCGGCUGAAAUCGUCAGGCUACGUGGCGAGGCGGCUCACGAGUUUACCAUGCAGUCCAUCAACGACGAGAUCAGGAACCGCUCUGGGGACACUAUCAAGCUAUUGAAUGCAGUCAAAGCAUUCCAACGCCGGAUGGACAUUCGACAUCAGCCGACCUACAAGCUGCACCAAGCGACUCUUCAUAGUAUAUCGCGAGACGACUCAUUGAACGCCGAGUUUGCAAAGUUGACGAUUGACUCUUCGGAAACGUCCACCAAGCGCGAUCGCGACCAACGUAUUACUCUUGGGGGUAGACUGCUCGAGAUCAAGGUUCGCUGCUUGGUGCUCGAAGACAACCUUGAGAUCAUGCGUGUCGUAGUCCGGAAAAAUCUCCUGAGUAAAUUGCCCCUUAGUUUUUCCGGGGGUUCGCCGCUCGUCAAGACGCAUCAGUUUAUGAAAGACACGGAAAAGCUUAUCGGUGAUUGUAUCCGUGAGAGUCUGCCCAAACUCGCAGUUGAGGCUAUACUACACUACGCCCAGAUCGCUCAGUCCUUCGGUAGUGCUCAGUCUGGUCAAGACAACAAUCGCGCGAAAGCUAUCGACUACCGCAAACUCGCCAGGAUUCUCUUGACGACGGCUGAUAAGCUCUGUGAGCAUCCUUUCGGUGGUAGAGAUAAUUUCCGCCAGGCUAUUACUGCUGCAUCAGAGAUGCUGAGCAAAGAGUUUUAUGAGGCGGUAUCGAAGGAGGAGCUGGAGUCUAUCAAACAGGCUAUGGUCAGCGGGCGUGGCGGCAUCGCAACUCACUCUGGACACUGGUACAAAUGUGUCAACGGACAUCCGUUCGCGAUCGGAGAGUGCGGCAUGCCUAUGGAGGUGGCGCGUUGUCCCGAGUGUGGCGAGCGUGUUGGUGGUCAGAGCCAUACCGCUGUCGCGGGGGUGUCGCGCGCAAUGGAGAUGGAGAUUUGA